CGUAUAAAAACUUUUUUAACAAACAAAACAUUUAAAAAUAUCUACAUUACCAAAAGGUGUAUGAAGCAGUUGAAUCACAAUUAAAUUACGGUUUCAAUAUAAAAUAUCAUAUCGUUAAUAUUACCGGUACAAUCUCCGAUGCAAUUUUACAAUAGUUAACAAAAACUAAUGGGUCCGAAGUCGAUCCGCCAUGGAGAUGCAACUGGUAGGUGGCACGUUUUAUAAAUCGAUGGUCCUCCAGUUUCUUCUCACCUAUAGUUUUGCCCAGGCCCAUCACUUUUUAAUGUCGCAUACCAAGUCCCAAAUCCAAUGAGUGACGUUCAAUUUUAUUUUUUUACAAUGUUUUUAUCAUUGGGUUAGGUAAUAUUUAAAAUAUUUGAAUGUGUGAUCUUUAGAUUGGAAAUCAGUGAUUAUACCAUUCAACCAAGCCCCGAGUAGUAAUCUCAUUAAUUAUUGGAAAUGUGUUUUUUAUUUUUUGCAGAAAAUAUGUGUAAUUUUUUAAUUAAAUUUAACGAGAUUCAUUCUAACUUGGAAUUCAAUUUUUUCAUGAUAAAUCAUAUUGAUUGUAUUUUUCAUGAAUAAUUUUUUAUUCACCGAGAAAUGACGGAAGAUCCGCCCUUACUAGCCACCAAAUUUUAGCAGAGUUUGACUCUUACAAGUUACAACUACAAGCCCCGCUGAAAAUUGCGUUAACCCGUCAAUGACCUUGUCUGACCCGUCCCUGAAGGGUCAAGAUGCAUAACUGACCCGUCUUGUCCCUGUCUCCUUCUUGACCAUAUCUGACCCUCAAGGGAUGGACGGGUCGGGUCAGUGGGUCGACCUCGACCCUAAUCUACAUACUAUUUUUUUUACAAAUUAUGUUUUGGUACCCAAAUUAUUUUUUCAUACAAUUUAGUACCUAAAAUUUAUUUUUUUACAAAUAAGUCCUUAAAAUUUGAUGGUAAAAUUACAUUUUGGUACCCACUUUUUUUUAUUUUUGCUAUUUAGUACCUAAACUUUUAAUUCUUUUACAAAGAGGUCCAAUGUGGUAUGAGAUAUUUGUUGUUCUAAGGUCACAGGGUCAAAAAGUGACGCGUCCCGACCCUCAGGGACGGGUCAGUGGGUUUUUAGGGUCAAACUUACACCCCUACCCGACCCUGCAGAAUCAAUUUAAAUAGUGCAGGGGAGCUUAAAUUUUGUACAAUCAAACAUAAUCACAACAACCUCAACCUGAGGAUACCCAGACCUAAGUAAUUUUACUUAUGCAACUUCUCAAUAAUCAGGGAUUCUAAGAGGGAAGUGCCAUCAUAGAUGCACCAACAUCUUUCCCUCGAAAGCUCACUCACUACAAGGUUGAAAGUGAAGGCAAGGUUCGUUAUCUCUGAGCUCGAGAUGCUAGGAGGAGGAGGAUGGGGAGAUUGCUCAGCAAUCUCAAAUCCCUUUACCAGAGAGCAAGCAGGGAACGAGAUGCUAGGAGGGAGGAAACGAACUGCGGCAGUCGAUGCAUCCUCUCGUCCACCAGAGCCAUCGCAGAUAGGGCUUAAUUUGAGUGGGUGGAUUCAUGGAUCAGGUUUGGUUAUAGGGUUGGGCAAGAUGAUGUGGCGGGUCAGGAUUCACAAUUUUUGGGUUAAAUUAAGCUGGCCAGGCAAUUCCGUCUGCCACGUCAGCACAUAACGGUCAUCAUUAACAGAGAGACUAACGGGAACUAACGGAGAGUGACCAAAUUUAGACUAUUUUGUUAUAUUUAGUGAUCACGAACGGAAUUAAAUAUUUUUAGUGACCAAACAUAAACGUUUUUUGUAAUCUCAGUGACCAACCUUGCAAUUAACUCUUUUUUUUUUAUAUUGCUAUUCUUCGCCCUAAUAUUUUGAUGCAUUAUCAAUGAUUUGGCUAACUAAUAGCAUUUUAAUAGGUUUGGAUAAUAUAAAUAAUAUGGAAAAAGUUGGAUAAAAAAUAAACAUUACUCUCUAAAAAGAAUAAUUGGAUAAAACCUAGAUAUUUAUUCAUCAUCCUCAUUAACUUGCUUUCUGCAAUUUUUUCCUCCGAAGACGACCUCCUCGUUAACUUGCUUCUUCUCCCUCCUGCCCUCUGGCGCUCGAGUAGCAGUAGCUGCAGCAGAUUGGGGUUGAGGCAGGAGUAGGGCUGAUAAAUGGUUAUCCCAUUAACGGUGUAACUGAUAACCGAACCGAAACCAAUUCUUAACGGUCACACCGAUAAUCGAUUAAAUGGUUAACCGACUAACCGAUUACGGUGUAACUGAUAAACGGUCGGUUUCCUGUAAUCAAAUUUAGCUAAUAACUAACCGAUGGUUAAACGGUUAACCGACUAACCGAUUACGAGCAUCCUCAUAGUUAGAGCUAAAAUAAUAGACUUCCAUGAGCUGCAAACAUAGGCCAAAAAUAAUGGGGUGUUUAAGGCUUACAAGACCUCUUGUCUAUCCUAGUUGUAAUAGUGACUUAGAUUCAAAUGAAAAUCAUUUAAAGGAAGAGUUUUAGAAGAAACACAGUAGAAAGUCAGACUUGCGCACAGUUGCUCGACAAUAAUUAGUAACAUUAAACUUCCAUGUAAUUUGAUGGGGUUUAUGAGUUGAGUAUCGUUAUAUAUUUUUAAAUAAAGUUUGACGAUAGAACGAUAUUAUUGUGUACUUGUGUUGGAGUGAGUUGAUUAUGUAUUUAUAAAUAUCUAUGUUAAAUUAUUUUUUAUUCAAUGAUAACAACUUAAUAAAAUAACACAUGCGUAUGUAUGGAAUAUUAUAGAAAAUUUCACAAUUGAAAGAAAUAGCUCUUAGGUUGGAUAGGUUAUCGAUCGGUUAUUUUGAUAUAAUCUUGCCGAAUCACUUAGUUAACGGUUAUUCGAUUAACUGACAAAUAAUCGAGAAUCGACUAUGCGGUUAUGGUUAACCGACGAAUUUAAACGGUGCGUUAACGGUAAGCACAAAGUACUUAAUGGUUAACCGAGAACUGACUAAAUGGUUCCGAUUAUAACCAAACCGAACUGAUUAUCAACCCUAGGCAGGAGCAUGAGAGGGGAGAUGAUGAGGCGGCGGUUUUUUUUUUUUUUUUGUGAGGGUGGCGGAUGUGGGUUGGGGUGAGGAAGGGAUUGUUUGGUUAGGAUUAGAAUUGAAAUUGGGUUGAAGGAUAAAUUUGUCAAUUUGUUGCGUUUUAGGACGAUAAGAUUUGAAUUUUAGGGGGACAAAUAAUUCACAAAAUAGUCCGGGUAGGAUAUCUCAAGAAAUUUUGCAAUGUUUU